GAGAGGCAAUUCAACGACGCACUAGUAACAUUGGCUUUCCGGCGCAUGCGUGUUUAGCAGCAGCCAGCAGCUGACAGACCCGCGCUACCUCUCUCUCUAUAUAUAACUGUUACAUUCUAGCCCGACGACUCCGGUUACCUGCUUGCCGUUUAUUACGUCUAUCCCGUACACGGCAGCAGCAGCAAUGAGUCUGAAGAAAGCUCUGCGUUGGUUGCCGAGAGGCUCCUCCGGCAGGGAGGAAGACGAGGAAUGCCACGAGAGGAACGGGCUGCUGAGGAGUCACCGGGUCCAGAAUCAGAUCGUGCCGGUCACAGAUCUCGACGACCAACCACCCAAGGCGGCGUCAGCAGCCGAGCGAAAGACGGUGGCCCUGAAUGUGUCCAUGCACUGCCAUGGCUGCGCGAGGAAGGUCGAGAAGCAGAUCUCCAAGCUGGAAGGAGUGGUGUCCGUCAAAAUAGAGCUGGGGAUCAAGAGGGUGACCGUGGUUGGGGACGUGACGCCCGCGGAGGUCCUGGAGAGCGUCUCCAAGGUGAUCAAGUACGCCCACAUUCUGGUGGCUCCCUAGGCAGCUGGUGGCAAGCAGCGCUCGUUCUUGUGCUGUUUCGCGGUCGAUGCCACUGCAGACUUCGUCCGGUGUCUAGUGAUCUGCACUCGUCGGAAUUAUGUGCGCUCUCUUCUUUUUUUGCGAGUCGGUUUGGAUCUGGAAUGAGAAAACGGGAGCACUCAUUUGGGCCCCCAACUCCAUUGUACUGCCAAGUACAGUACUAACGUUUCGUCAGGCACAGAAGAUGCUUCAAAGGCACGCGCUACGGCAGAAAUCAAUUAGAUCGUGAUCAUUCUACUAAAAGACGUAAUCUGGAGUGAACAAUGUAAAAUCUAACCAUAAUAAUCAAAUGCUCCAAACUUUAUCAGCAUGAAACGUUUUCGUUA